GGAGCACCCACUUCGGCUCUGCCUGUCCCGGGUUAGCCGGAAGCGCCUUUCUGGCCGCGCUUUAUAGGCCUCGCUUGUGUUUCCUGUUUCCUCUUUUACUAUACCCGCCAACAUGGGCCGCGUCCGCACCAAAACCGUGAAGAAGGCGGCCCGGGUCAUCAUUGAGAAGUACUACACGCGCCUGGGCAACGACUUCCACACCAACAAGCGCGUGUGCGAGGAGAUCGCCAUCAUCCCCAGCAAGAAGCUCCGCAACAAGAUCGCAGGCUAUGUCACACACCUGAUGAAGCGGAUUCAGAGGGGCCCGGUGCGAGGCAUCUCCAUCAAGCUGCAGGAGGAGGAGAGAGAAAGGAGGGAUAAUUACGUGCCCGAGGUCUCAGCCCUGGAUCAGGAGAUCAUUGAAGUAGACCCUGACACUAAGGAAAUGUUGAAACUCUUGGACUUUGGCAGUCUGUCCAACCUGCAGGUCACUCAGCCUACAGUUGGGAUGAAUUUCAAAACACCACGUGGAGCCGUUUGAAUCUUUCUGCUGUGCUGUAAUAUCUUCAAUAAACCUUGGACAACAACCUUGCCUGUGUCCUGUGUGGGUUGGGUGCCAGCGGUGCUAAGGGCAGGAGUUCUCUCUUAGGGAGAAAUCCUGAAGAGCGCUCUGCAGUGGGAGCAUCUGGUGAAGCUGGGCAUGUUUGCAAGCGUGGGUGUCGAGAUCUUUGCAAGGAGGUGGCAGAACCCUUGCCUAUCUGUUUCUGUGAGGCAGAUAGAUACAGCAAACAAUGUAAAAAUGCGUAACAAUUUUGAUAGGAUUUCAGACUUGGAGAAAGGUUACAAAUACAGUACAAGGAACUUCA